UUCAGUUCAAUAGUAACUUCAUUUCACGCAUUUUAUCAUAUUCUAGAAGAAACGAUCACUGAUGGUUCCUCUUGUCCAGAGAUUCCAGAUGUCAAGCUUACUCUUCUUGGCAUUGUUCCUUGCGAUGACAUGUCAUACCAAUGGCUUCUUAAAGAAGGACCAUGCCGUUACUAUCACUGGCUGCUUUAAAUGUGGAGGGUACCCAAUAGCCAACUGCCGUGUGAAGCUUAUGGAUGAAGAUUUGAUAUUUCACGACACUUUGGCCGAAUCAUGGACUGACAACAAUGGUUGCUUUGCACUUUCUGGAAAGGGGCGGGAUGGAUUGUGGGGGAGGCCGGAUAUAUUUGCAGAGCUUGAGUACAACUAUUUAAAUAAAAUGCGUAUUCGAAACUUUUGGGGAUUCACGAGAGAUGCGAGAUCUUCUGUAAAAGACAACCACUCUGGUUUUCACAACUUCGGCAUGAUCAACAUCAAUGACGAACAUUGUCGAGCAUACGUACGUUUCCGCGCUGCAAUCAUUGACUAUAUCUCACGAUCCGGUAAUAGUGCAUUGCCCUAUAGUUACCUUAAAGUCCAAACUAAAUCAGUGCUGACUGCUGGGAAACCUUGGGCGACGACGGAUAAAAUCAGACUACCAUCGGGAUAUUCUUUGGAUGCUGAAACAGCCAAGCAUGAAUUAGCCCACACCAUAAGACACACGUUAGACGGCAGCAUACUCCAUGCUGCUUACGACGCUGUCAGGUUCAAAUACGCCCAGUACCAUACGUGUAUUAAAAUCACAAAUUUUGGGUUUGCCUUCAACGAGGGCUGGGCGGAGUAUUGGGAGGGCCAGUGUAGCUGCACAUUGGGUGACGGCAAAGACAUGCGUGUUGAAGGGAAUGUUGCUGCAGCGUUGUGUGUCCUAGCAAAUUGCACAGGUGACGAGAAAAUGGUGAAUACCCUGGAGACAAAUGAAGGAGAAAUUCAUUCAUACAAUUCCUUCAAAAAUGCACUGUGUGCGAAAUACCCGGGAGGAAGUUGCUGUUAAAACAACCAGCAACAUUAGUGAUAAAGUUAGAUUCAUAACAGAUGUUUAAUUUGUAAUUGAAAAAUAGAAAAGUUGCA